CUGCCCCGCCUGUUGGAAACGGGGCUUUGGGCUUUCCCGCGCAGGGGGUCCCCUGACGACUUUCUUCUCCCUACGGGAUCGCCUGAACAUUGUCCACUCUGGAAAGAGAGAUCUAUCAAUCAAACAACAUGUGUAGAGGGAGAGGAGACCAUCAUCUCACCGAAGAAAGCAAGUCAUGAAAUGGAAGGAGGAAAAGGAGUACAAUCCAAAUGAGUGCAUUGCCAGGGUGAGAGGGGAAUGUGCACGCCCACACAUCAAGGCUCGUUAACUGAAAAGUCAACUUCACCGUCAAAGCCUGAAGUGCACAGCAUGGCACUCUCCUCAGUAAAAAUAAAGGCAAAGCCUGAUAUGGAUGAAGUUUUUGGAUGCCUGGCAGAUGAUGGCUCAGAGUGGGCAAAUGAGGAAGAGACCCCUACUAGUGGCAAUAGUGAGUGUUGGGCCAAUGACACCCAUGAGCAGAAGAGAAAAGGAAGGACUCGCCAGAAGAUGCUGAGUGAGGAUACCACCAGCUCAGAUGCACAGCGCCAGCACUUUAGGCAGUUCUGCUACCAGGAGACCGAGGGGCCCCGAGAGGUUUGCAGCCGACUCAACAGCCUUUGCCAUCAGUGGCUGGAGCCAGAAAAACACACAAAAGCUCAGAUGCUGGACCUGGUGAUCCUGGAGCAGUUCCUGGCCAUCCUGCCCCCAGAGAUGGAGAGCUGGGUGAGAGAAUGUGGAGCGGAGACCAGUUCCCAGGCAGUGGCCCUGGCAGAAGGUUUCCUCCUGAGCCAGGCAGAGGCCAAGAGGCAGGAAGAGCAGCAGGCAUCCUUAACAGAAGCAGCCACUGAUUUUUCUCAGACAGAGAAGGCUCCAUCAGACUCAGGGCAGAAGCAACUGUUCCGGUGGAUCGUACAGGAGGGUGACCGAGGUGCCACUUCUCUGGGCAGUGAAAUGACCCUGGUGCCUCAUUUCAGGACUUCUCCUUCGUGUGGUGGAAGUGAUACAGUUGCUGUGCCGUCUUUGGGUCAGGUACUGGUGGCCUCUGAAGAAGUGAUUGUGAAUUUUACAGAGGAGGAGUGGGCUCUGCUGGAUCCAGGCCAAAGAGCUCUGCACAGAGAAGUCAUGGAGGAAAUCGGUGGGCAUCUGUCCUCUCUGGGGAAUAAGAGAGAGAGGAAGGAAGAGGGCAAACUGCAGAGAAGGAAAACUGAAGCCAGUCCCACAUGGAGGGAGCCAUCUAUUGCUUCAGAAGUUGCUGGCUUCAGUGGAAUUCCUGUCCAAGAAGAAUGUCACAAACAGACUGAGACCCCACUUCAUUUAAAAAUCUUAACUAAGCAAUCCAGCCUUCCUCCACAUCAAAGAAUGACUAAAGAGGAGAAACGAUUCAAGUGCUCAGAAUGUGGAAAGUGCUUUUACUGGAAACACUUUACUACACAUCAAAGAAUCCACAUGGGUGUGAGGCCGUAUACAUGCUCAGAAUGUGGAAAGAGCUUCAGAUAUAAUUCACAUCUUUGGUCUCAUCAAAGAAGGCACACGGGAGAAAAGCCCUAUCAGUGCUCCGAGUGUGGAAAAAACUUCAGUGAUAAAGCAAGCAUCACAAGGCAUCAGAGAAUCCACACAGGGGAAAAGCCAUAUCAAUGCUCUGAGUGUGGAAAGAGCUUUAAUCAGGUGUACCACCUUACUAAGCAUCAAAAAACACAUACUGGGGAGAAACCCUAUAAAUGCUCAGUGUGUGGUACGAGCUUCAGUGCCAACAUAAGCCUUGCUUAUCAUCAAUUAACCCACACAAGCGAGAAAUAUAAGUGUACAGAAUGUGGAAAGAGCUUCAGGUGUAGUUCACAUCUUUGGAAUCAUCAAAGAAGGCACACGGGAGAAAAGCCAUAUCAAUGCUCCGAGUGUGGAAAAAACUUCAGUGAUAAAGCAAGCAUCACAAGGCAUCAGAGAAUCCACACAGGGGAAAAGCCAUAUCUAUGCUCCGAGUGUGGAAAAAGUUUUAAUCAGGUGAACCACCUUACUAAGCAUCAAAAAACACAUAAGAGCUUCAGUGCCAACAUAAGCCUUGCUUAUCAUCAACUAACCAACACAGUGGAGAAAUAUAAGUGUUCAGAAUGUAGAAAGAGCUUCAGUUGCAGGAGAACUCUUACUUAUCAUCAAAAUAUCCAUAUAGAGGAGAAGCCAUAUAGAUGCCCAGUGUGUCAAAAAACCUUCAGAGACAGUACAAGCUUUGUGAGGCACCAGGGAAUUCACACAGAGGAAAAAACAUUUAUGUGCUCUGCGUGUGGAAAAAGCUUCAUUGACAACACACGUCUUAUAAGACAUCAGAAAACUCACACAGAGGAAAAACCAUAUAAAUGCUCCGAGUGUGGGAAAAGUUUCAUUGACAGCACAAGCCUUAUAAGGCAUCAGAGAAUUCACACAGGAGAGAAACCAUUUAAAUGCCCAGUGUGUGAUAAGAGGUUCAGUCAGAGGACGCAGCUUUCUGCACAUCAGAAUGUGCACACUGGGGAGAAGCCAUUUCAGUGUUCAGUGUGUGGAAAGAGCUUCAUUCAGAUCACUAGGCUUACUUACCAUCAAAGAAUCCACACAGGAGAGAAACCUUAUAAAUGUUUGCAGUGUGGAAAGAGUUUCAGUUGGAGCACGAGCCUUACUUCUCAUCAAAGAAUCCACACACAGGGGAAAUCUACAAAUACUUGCAGUGUGGAAAGGCAUUUAGGUGGAGUACAGAAGGAUAUGUAAGCAGGAAUGAGUCUGUACAUUGCCGGCCUCCUUGCUAUCCCUGCAAUCGGGCUCUGUACCGGAGGACAGGAAAGUAACCAAUGUAACACCGAUUUUCAAGAAGGGAUCCAGGGGUGAUCUGGGAAAUUACAGGCCAGUUAGCUUAAUGUCCAUUCCAGGCAAAUUGAUGGAACACAUUCUCAAAGAUAAAAUGGUAAAGCACAUAGAAGAACAGGCCCUGCUGAGAGAGAACCAGCAUGGCUUCUGCAGAGGUAAAUCUUGCCUCACCAACCUUUUGGAGUUCUUGGAGAGUGUCAGCAAGUGUGUGGAUCAAGGUGAUCCUGUUGACAUAGUAUACCUGGACUUCCAAAAAGCGUUCGACAAAGUUGCUCAUCAAAGACUCCUGAGGAAACUUAGCAGUCAUGGGAUAAGGGGACAAGUAUAUGUGUGGAUUGCUAACUGGUUGAAAGACAGGAAACAGAGGGUAGGUAUAAAUGGAGAGUUUUCACAAUGGAGGGAAGUAAGAAGUGGGGUCCCCCAGGGAUCUGUACUGGAGCUGGUGCUUUUUAAUUUAUUCAUCAAUUAUCUAGAAGCAGGGGUAAGCAGCGAGGUAGCCAAAUUCUUCCAAGUUCCCCCCUGUGUUCCCAUUUCUCUUACCAGGUGAGAGGUAGGUCUUGCUAGGGUUGAAUCGGGUUAACGGACCUGUAUUAUAAAGUUUUGGCUAAAACUGGUUUUUACCAAUGUAGGCCUGGCUUCCUUGGUAAUGAUUAAUGAUUGACUUUAAUCAUAAGUGGAAGACCUUACUUAAAAAUAAACUUCUUCAAUUUGGGUUCUCCCAUGAGGAAGUUCUUAGAUUAGGGCAUGAUCAGGCCUGGCAGGUUAUUAAGCAGCGUAUUGCCGAUACAGAAUUACAAGUGGAUACAGCCUGUCUAAGAAGUGGUAUCUAUUUGGGGAAACAACUUUUAAAUUCCAAACCGGCAGCAUAUUUAGAUAAUAUUCUAAUCCCUAAAUUUAGGCGUCCAUUUAUUCUUGCCCGCCUAAAUGCCCCUCCGACGGCUGUUAGGGUUGGUAGAUUCCGUUUAACUUAAGGAUUUGCUCCUGUGGAAUGGGUGCUGUAGAAACUACCCCUCAUGUUAUUUCAAACUGUAAAUUUUAAAAGCGGUAUAUAAAUAUUGAUCGUAUCUUCAAGGGAGUGGCAUAGCUGUGCAAAAUCCUCAAAUCGCGCUCUUGUACAAAUGUUCCCUGCAAUGUAAAUGGACGGAGGAAGCUGCUUCCCAGUGGAAGAUGCACCACAGGUUGUGCGCCUUGUUGCAGAAGUGCAAAGGAGUUUGCACUAGCAGCUCCUGAUUAGCUAGUGUGACUAGCAAGUCGCAACAUUUUUGCACUUGUGCAGUGCAUUUGAAGAAGUGCUUCGUUAGUCUGGAUGUCGACAGGCAUGCAAGGAUAAUGGAGUUCAGGAGACAAACUUCCUGGGCCAUGAGUUAUCUGGGGGCUAGGGGCGUGGGGACAGUGGAGCAGGGGGGAAUUUGUACCCCUCAGCUGCCAGGGUCUGAGGGGGCUGCCAAGGUACCCUCUCCCUCGACUAGGGCAGCCCCUUUCCCCCUCCCUGCACCCAGCCAGUGAAUGGAGCGCAAGAGAACUUUGCCAGCUGAGAGCACGAGCUGUGCCUCUCUCCUGCCCAGCCAGUGUUUCAAUGAAAUGCUGACUGGGGAGAGGGGCUGGCUGGGAAAACUCUGCAGAGUGAUAUACAUACAUACAUCUCUGGGCCCAACGUUGGGAAUUCCUGUCCUAGGCCAUACAGUCCGACUGUGUUUUUCUCUUUACCAUUUCCAACUCUGGCCUUCCAGUCUCCAACCACCUCUUGCUUGCAUGUUCUGUCAAUUUCAGGCUGGACUUGAGCAUAAAACUCAUCAACUUCCUCUUCUGCAACAGUUGUUGGGGCAUAGACUUGAAGAAAUGUCAUCUUAAAGGGUUGUCCACGAAAUUGAAUUGAUAAUAGUCGGUCACUGACUGCAUUGUACCCAAGUACUGUCAUUGCUAUAUCCCUUCCUGACUAUGAAAACCACACCGUUCCUUCUUUGUUUCUCAUGUCCUGAGUAGUAAACAGGAUAACUUUCUGACUAAAAGUGUCCUUUUCCUGUCCACUUGAAUUCACUGAUACCCAAGAUGUCAAGCUGUAGUUGAUUCAUUUCAUCUUUCACUGUGUCGAGCUUUCCCAUAUUCAUGCUGCUUAUGUUCUACAUUCCCAUUGUAAUUCUGUCUUUGCAGCUUUGGAUUUUCUUUUCCUGCAUGGCAACAUCAGCUGUUAAAAGGCUUUAGUCUAACUGCGUCAUAUAUACCAUCGGUACUCUGAGAGUUCCGCAGCUCUUCCUCAGUAGCAUGUUGAGUGCCAUCUGACCUGAGAGGCCCAUCAUCUGGCACUACAUCCACAAUCAUUCCAUUUUGUCUAUCCAUGUGGUCUUCUGGGUAAAAUACAGGAGUGGUUUACCAUUGUAUGAAAUGAUGCCUUUAUCGUUAUCACUGAAGUAAUCGUCUGCCUCCAGCACCUUCCUAUAUCGCUGCUGCCCAAUAUAGGUGCCUGCUUGCUUUAGCUGGGCAUCUGGGAUGGCCUUCAUACUUGGGUGACCCUGCCAGGAGUAUACCUCCCGAAGUACUUCGCUCAUCCCUCCCAGGAACACCCACCACCACAAUGAGGCAGCAUAGCAGGACUUGGGGUGGGUGGGGCCUUCAAGUAUACUUUUGUUUAAAGAUUCAUUGAGAAGAUCUUGCUAGAAACCUUAAAGCAGGAGUGGCUCUUGUUGCUGACCAGAACUAAAAACCAAUAUGCUGCUUCUCUCUCUCUCUCUCUCUCUCUCUCUCUCUCUCUCUCUCUCUCUCGUCCUGAGCUUGCUCUUGAUCUGCUCCCCUGAUUAAAUUGUUACUGCUGUACCUGGAUCACUGAUGGUGCAUAGUGUUGAGUCGAACCCAUAAACCCCCAGAUUGUGAUUGCCCCUUCCUCAAAGGAAGCGGGUGCAUUGCAAAAAGAACCAUAUGAAAAUAGAAACAGCUCAAAAUGCAAACCAAGGAUUGUGUAGGAUUGUCUCCUUGAUACUAGAGGUGAAGUGUUUCUAUGCCUCUUGGAUACAAAGAGCAAGCAACAAACUGAUGUAGCAUCACUGGGCAUGCCCUGGGAUGGCCCGUCUCCCCGCUCCAGCAGGUUCUCUCUCCUUUGGGUGUCUGCAAGCCACGUGCCUUCCCUUGAUCCGUUGGCACAGACCAUGCGCUUAUAUUGGACCCUUUUGGCUUCUCCAAAGUGGAGGCCUCUUCUCUGGGGCCACAGGAUAACAAAAUGUGUUUCAGUGGGUAAUGCCCCCUUGUCGGACCUCUCACAGAUAAAACAUAUAGUGGCAGCCACAAAUAUCCUCCGCAUUGGAUAUCCCGAUUGGGGCAGGAUUUCCAACUUUAGCGGGUUUUAAUUGUAGGACCAAUGUUCUCUGAACAGAGCUCCAAAUCCAUUAAGAGAAAGUGCUGUUCAUUAGUGUUGUUCGGAAGGAAUGUAAUGAUCCGGCGCCUCUGUGGCAGACUGAGGAACACAAGUGCUGAGGUUUUUCAGUGAUUACAAUAUUAUCCCAAAGUGGUGUCCUCCGCCUUCCUCUCUUAUUUGCACAACAACCCUGUGAGAAAGUUGAGAAGUAGGAGAUCACUGAGUGAGGAUUUUAAACUCUGAUCUCCCCGGUCCCAAUCAACCAUUCUACCACCUCUGGAUCUUAAUCCCAACCUGAUUGAUCCCCAGAUCCACCUCUGGAUCUUAAUCCCAACCUGAUUGAUCCCCAGAUCCAGUUUUGACACAUUUCUCUUGGAAAGAGUGAGGUGGUAUUAUAUAACCCCUAUCCUUGAAAACUCUACUUACGUUUCCCCUCAUUUCUCCUGAAAUCCAAAUCUGUUUGUUUCUCUCUAUGAGGGAACCUAAUUCUCUCCUCCCUCUCUCCUUGAGGGAACCUAAUUCAGACGUAAAACUCAAGCCAAAUUAACACCUUGAGAGCUGUACUUUAGUCAUUGUUGGUCUUGCUAGUUUAAUAUUAUUGCUCUUAACCAUUAUUUUCUCUUUCUGUAAUCCAAAACUCAUUUUAUUUUGAACUCUUACUACUUCAGUCAGUUCUUUCCGUGACCAAUGCAUUGAACAAAUUUAUUCUGAAGGUGGGACGACUCUGUUUGAAGCUAGCUAAUUCCCCCCCACAAGCCUAAAAUGUAGCUCGGGGUUCCUGCCCAUUAUCCGGGAGCAGUUCUAUUAAUAAGGUUCCCCAUUUAGCUGCAUGCCCGAAUGGUGAGCACCACCAUUUCGCCCGUCCAACAGCCCUGCAAAGCAAGUCAAGUCACAAGACCGAUUGACUGUUUGAGUGCUGUCAAGUCGGUGUCAGCUCUUAGCGAUGACAUAAAUAGAUUCUCUCCAGGAUGAUCUGUCUUCAACUUGGCCUUUAAGGUCUCUCAGUGGUGCAUUCGUUGCUAUCGUCAGAGUCUCCACCUUGCUGCUUCUCUUUCCUUCAACUUUUCCCUGGCAUUAUGGACUUUUCAAGGGAGCUGGGUCUUCACGUAAUGUGUCCGAAGCAGGAUAGUUUGAGCCUGAUCAUUUGUGCCUCGAGUGAACAUUCUGGAUUGAUUUGUUCUAUGAUCCAUUUGUUUGUUUUCCUGGUAUUGUUUUCCAAUAUGUGUGCUCAUUCUUUAUUACACUGCUUACACAUUGUAGAAAAUAAUGCAUGGAGUAUUAUUAUUAUUAUUAUUAUUAUUAUUAUUAAUUUAUUUAUUUUUACAUUUAUAUCCCGCUCUUCCUCUAAGGAGCCCAGAGCGGUGUACUACAUAGUUGAGUUUCUCCUCACAACAACCCUGUGAAGUAGGUUAGGCAAAGAGAGAAGUGCCUGGCCCAGAGUCACCCAGCUAGUAUCAUGGCUGAAUGGGGAUUUGAACUGGGGUCUCCCCGGUCCUAGUCCAGCACUCUAACCACUAUACCACGCUGGUGUAGAGCAGAGAGAGUGGCCAGAGAAACCUUUCUCCUCCUCUCCCAACACAAGAGCCAGGGGUCAUCCUAUGAAAAGGAAGGCCAGGGAAUUUUGUACCAACAACAGGAUCAUCUACGGAAUUCUCUGCCACGGGAUGUGGUGACAGCCACUCAGAUGGAUUUCAAUGGAGCUUGGACAAAUCAAUGGCUUUUAGUCUAGUGGCUUCCUAAAGUUAACUGAUAGCAUCUGGAUUACCUGAUGGCCUGAUCCAUCAGGCUUUUAGGAUACCUUUGUUUAAAGAUUCAUUGAGAAGCUCCUGCAAGAAAUCAUAAAUCAGGAGAUGCUCAUUACUGACUGGAACUAAAUGCUAUAUGUUGCUCAAGCAAACCAAGUAGUGUGUAGGAUUGUCUCCUUGAUACUAGAGGUGAAGUGUUUCUAUACCUCUUGAAUACAAAGAGCAAGCAACAAAGCAAUCUAGCAUCACUGGGCAUGCCCUGGGAUCCCCUCCCCCCCACACUGUUCCAACAGGUUCUCUCUCUCCUUUUGGGCAACUGCAAGCCAUGUGCCUUCCCUUGACCCAGAGGUGUAGACCAUAUGUGACCCUUUUGGCUUCACCAAAGUGAAGGCUACUUCUCUGGAGGGUCAGGAUAACAAAAGAGGUUCUGACUGUCAUUUGUUUCGGUGGGUAAUGCCCCCUUGUCGGAUCUUUUGGAGGUAAAAUAAAAUAUAGCGGCAGUCCUAAAUGUUCUCCACAUCUGUGAUUGGAGCAAGAUUUCCAGCUAUUGCACAUUUUAAUGGUAGGGCCAAUGCUCUCUGAAGACAACCACAUCUCCAGUAUGAGAAGGUACCUUUUAAUUAGUGUUGUUCAGAAGUAAUGUAAAGAUCUGUGACAGACUGAGGAACAUGAGUGCUGAGGUUUCUCAUUUGUAUCCCAAGGGGUGUCCUGUGAGGUAGUUAAGUUGAGAAGUAGGAAUCGCUGAGAUCAACUCAAGUUGUCCCUUGUGGAGGCCAACAAGGAGGGAAUUGUGAUGCCCACUGGCAGAGGGAUCCAGCACUUCUGUGACAGAUUGGUGAACUCGAGUGCUGAGGAUUUUCAGUGAGUAUAAUCUUAUCCCAAGGUGGUAUCCUCCACCUUCCUCUCUUAUUUGAACAACAACCCUGUGAGGUAGGUUAAGUUGAGAUGUAGGAGAUCGCUGAGUGAGGAUUUCAAACUCAUCUUCCUGGUCCUAAGCAAGCAUUCUGCCUCUGGAUCUUAAUCCCAACCUGAUUGAUCCCCAGAUCCAUUGCCUGACAUGAGUAAUUUUCCCCAUUGACUCCUAACCAUUCCCAGGAGCCCCAACAAGAAAGAGACGACCCAAGAAAGACAAGGCGGCAAUGUCUUCAAAUCUAUUUAUAUUUUAUUUGGGGAGG